AUCCUUCGGCGGUGUGAUGAUGAAUUAUAGAUGAAAGGAGGCUGAAGAUGCAGAUUUGGGGACAAACACAACACGAGCUGCACCCGCACGAGCUGUGUUUCAACCACGAUACAUCGAAGUUCAGAGAGCUCACCUUCCGCAGCAUGCAUCCUGGACAGUGUUAACCCGUGCCCAGUGUUAGCGAGCGUCCCCUGGGUACCCGUUAGCAGCAUUUGCCAUCGUCGCUGCAUUCACAUCCGAGACCACAAUGAGGGGAUUUAACAAGGAUGGGACUACAGUCGUGCUCGCAUUGCUAGGUGCACUUGUGUUUGCGACGGCAGCAGCAGAAGGAGCGAUCUACACCAAUCAUUUCUUGGUCCAGUUGCACGAUGGAGGGGAUGAUGUAGCCAAGCAAGUAGCUGCCGAUCAUGGAUUUUACAGUGCAAGGAAGCUUCCUUUCGGCGACAACCUGUUCCAUUUUUAUCACCACGGCAUUCCAAAAGCAAGGAGAAGACGCAGCCUUCAGCACAGACAGCAUCUUGAAAAAGAUCCAAGGGUGAGGAAUGUUCUACAGCAGGAAGGAUUUGGUAGAAGGAAGCGUGGCUACAGGGACAUCAAUGAAAUUGAUGUCAAUAUGAAUGACCCUCUGUUUUCUAAGCAGUGGUACCUGAUAAACACAGGCCAAGCAGAUGGGACACCUGGACUGGAUCUAAAUGUGGCUGAAGCCUGGGACCUGGGUUACACAGGAAGAGGAGUAACCAUUGCAAUCAUGGAUGAUGGAAUCGACUACCUACACCCUGAUCUGGCCUCCAAUUACAAUGCAGAAGCCAGCUAUGAUUUUAGCAGCAACGACCCGUAUCCCUACCCUCGCUACACAAACGACUGGUUUAACAGCCAUGGAACAAGAUGUGCUGGUGAAGUUUCAGCAGCGGCAAACAACAACAUCUGUGGUGUGGGGGUGGCGUACAGCUCCAAAGUGGCAGGUAUUAGAAUGCUGGACCAGCCUUUCAUGACUGACAUUAUCGAAGCUUCUUCCAUCAGUCACAUGCCUCAAGUUAUUGAUAUUUAUAGUGCCAGCUGGGGCCCAACAGAUGAUGGGAAGACAGUAGAUGGACCUCGAGAGCUCACCUUACAAGCCAUGGCAGACGGAGUGAAUAAGGGCCGUGGUGGCAAGGGAAGUAUCUACGUGUGGGCUUCGGGAGAUGGGGGGAGCUAUGAUGACUGCAACUGUGAUGGCUACGCUUCGAGCAUGUGGACCAUCUCCAUCAAUUCAGCUAUCAAUGAUGGCCGAACUGCCUUGUAUGAUGAGAGCUGUUCCUCAACCCUGGCAUCCACAUUUAGUAAUGGCAGGAAGAGGAACCCUGAAGCUGGAGUGGCUACCACCGAUUUGUAUGGAAACUGCACCCUGCGCCACUCAGGGACUUCAGCUGCUGCUCCAGAAGCAGCCGGGGUGUUUGCCUUGGCCUUAGAAGCAAACCCAAAUCUAACCUGGCGUGACAUGCAGCACCUCACAGUGUUAACCUCGAAGAGAAACCAGCUUCAUGAUGAAGUUCAUAAAUGGCGACGAAAUGGUGUCGGCCUUGAGUUCAACCACUUGUUUGGAUAUGGCGUUCUAGAUGCUGGUGGAAUGGUGAAGAUGGCCAAAGACUGGAGGACAGUGCCAGAGAGAUUCCACUGUGUGGGAGGAUCAGUCCAAGACACACACAAAAUCCCAGCUGAGGACAAACUGAUUCUCACCAUUAACACAGACGCGUGUGAAGGAAAGGACAACUUUGUGCGCUAUUUAGAGCACGUGCAGGCAGUGAUCACCGUGAAUUCUUCCAGACGAGGAGAUCUGACUGUCAACAUGACCUCACCCAUGGGCACCAAAUCCAUCCUGCUGAGUCGACGGCCACGAGAUGAUGACUCCAAAGUUGGCUUUGACAAGUGGCCCUUUAUGACCACACAUACCUGGGGAGAAGACCCCAGAGGAAGCUGGGUGCUGGAAGUUGGCUUUCAGGGAGGGUUACCCCAAAAAGGAGUGCUGAAGGAAUGGACGCUGAUGCUCCAUGGGACACAAAGUGCCCCUUACAUAGACCAAAUUGUGCGAGAUUACCAGUCCAAACUAGCCAUGUCCAAAAAAGAGGAGCUGGAGGAAGAGCUGGAUGAGGCUGUGGAGCGAAGCCUGAAGACUUUGCUGAACAACAACUAGUGCUCCUGAUGUCUGCAUGUUGAUCUUCUGUUUCCAGCUGCUCUCGUAAAGUAUUUCUCCCUCUGCGCCUUCUCCUUGUUCUUCUGACAAUGCUUCUAGUAGGCACAAGACUGCACCCUGGUGACACUGUUCCCUUUUCCUCCUUUAUGUCUUUCUUUCUGUUUUCAGCUAGCACUGUCUCAUUUUGAGUUGUUUUCCACACACCACUGCUGAUUUCAUGUACAGCUUGUGACUGUCAAUGAUUGUGUGUGCUGUUCUACUUAAAAGUUCAUAUCUUGCAAACAAAGCAGUGACAUUUUUUCCUUUAUAUUUUUAUUACAAAUCCUGUUUAUAUAAAAACUAAAAGAAAGGUGUUGCA